AAUAUAUAAAAACCAACGCCAUUCAAAUCCCUCUGUCCGAGACUUUCUGAUUAAUAGAAGAGGGAAAAAAUGACUCAACUCGCAGAGACCUACGCGUGCGUCCCAACCACCGAGCGCGGCCGGGGGAUCUUGAUCUCCGGCAGCCCUAAAUCUAACACCAUCUUAUAUACUAAUGGCAGAUCCGUGAUCAUCCUCAACCUCGACAACCCUCUCGACGUCUCCGUCUAUGCCGAGCACGCCUACCCUGCCACCGUCGCCCGAUUUUCCCCCAACUGCGAGUGGAUCGCCUCCGCCGACGUCUCCGGGGCCGUUCGAAUCUGGGGGACGCGCAACGAGUUCGUUUUGAAGAAGGAGUUCAAGGUCCUCUCCGGUCGGAUUGACGAUCUCCAGUGGUCCCCCGACGGGAUGAGGAUCGUCGCCUGCGGCGAAGGCAAAGGAAAAUCCUUCGUUCGCGCUUUCAUGUGGGAUUCAGGGACAAAUGUUGGUGAGUUUGACGGGCACUCUAGGCGAGUAUUAAGCUGUGCGUUCAAGCCGACAAGGCCAUUUCGGAUCGUCACAUGCGGAGAGGAUUUCCUGGUGAAUUUUUACGAAGGACCGCCUUUUAAAUUCAAGCUAUCCCACAGGGAUCACUCAAAUUUUGCUAAUUGUGUAAGAUUUUCCCCAGAUGGCAGUAAGUUCAUCACUGUAAGCUCUGAUAAGAAAGGUAUAAUAUAUGAUGGCAAAAGUGCUGAGAAGAUCGGGGAGCUGUCCUCUGAAGAUGGCCACAAGGGCAGCAUUUAUGCUGUUAGCUGGAGCCCUGAUGGUAAAAAGGUUCUGACCGUGUCUGCUGACAAAUCUGCGAAGAUAUGGGACAUAUCUGAGGAUGGUAAUGGGAAGGUGAAGAAAACGUUGACUUCUCCAGGUUCUGGUGGUGUGGAAGACAUGCUAGUUGGUUGUCUUUGGCAAAAUGAUCAUCUUGUAACUGUUUCUCUUGCCGGCACAAUUAGCUUGUUCUCUGCAGCUGAUCUUGAUAAAGCUCCAAUAUUAUUGUCUGGACAUAUGAAAAAUGUUACCUCAUUAGCCAUUCUAAAAAAUGACCCAAAAGUUAUAGUAUCUAGCAGCUAUGACGGUUUGAUGGUCAAAUGGAUUCCAGGUGUUGGAUAUAGCGGGAGACUACAGAGGAAAGAUAAUUCUCAAAUCAAAUGUUUGGCAGCUAUUGAAGAAGAGAUCGUUACAUCUGGAUUUGACAAUAAGAUAUGGAGAGUUUCUGUACAUGGAGAUCAAUGUGGAGAUGCAGAUUCGGUUGAUAUUGGCACUCAACCAAAAGACUUGAGCCUUGCCCUUCUCUCUCCUGAAAUUGCCUUGGUUUCGACUGAUUCUGGAGUUGUCAUGCUCCAUGGCACUAAGGUUGUCUCAACCAUUAACCUUGGGUUCACCGUAACCGCAUCUGCAAUUGCACCUGAUGGCAUGGAAGCUAUUAUUGGUGGGCAGGAUGGUAAAUUACACAUUUACUCUAUCACAGGUGAUACACUUAAAGAGGAGGCAGUUCUUGAGAAACACAGGGGUGCUGUUAGUGUCAUACGGUACUCUCCAGAUGUUUCAAUGUUUGCAUCAGGGGAUCUCAAUCGAGAAGUUGUUGUCUGGGAUCAUGUCUCCCGAGAGGUGAAGCUUAAGAACAUGUUAUACCACACUGCCCGCGUAAACUGCCUUGCUUGGUCUCCUAAUAGCAGCAUGGUUGCUACUGGAUCACUUGACACUUGUGUCAUAAUAUACGAAGUUGACAAGCCAGCAUCUAGCCGUUUGACCAUAAAGGGUGCUCACCUGGGCGGUGUUUAUGGAUUAGCUUUCACUGAUCAGUACUCUGUGGUGAGCUCUGGUGAGGAUGCCUGUGUUCGUGUUUGGAGAUUGACACCUCAAUCAUAGAGCUAUAUGGAAGCCCUGUGGAUACCAGGGUCAAGAACACGAAUUUUGGGGUGACUUAUCUUUUGUUUUUCCUUUUUAGUUUUGGUUAUGGGUUUGGUUUGCAAUGACGGAGAACGCUGAGGGAUACUCUCUGACUACUGACUAGGAAUCUGAAAGUAUCAGGGGAAUAAGGUGGUAGCCCUUUUGGUUGUUUGAUGUGUUGCAAAUGGCUAUCUCCUAGAAACAGAGAGAUUGAUCAAGAAUUGUAACCUUGCUGGUUGGAGUUCUUACUUUCGGCGUCGAGGGUGAUGAUAAGUAGGGACUAUGUGAAGUGCCUUUUUGUUGACGGUUGUGGUGCAGUAUGAUCAUGAAGCUUAACAAUCAUGAUCAUGCGAAAGGUUUAAAACAAAUUUGAAGUCCUUUCGAUUUACUGUCUGGAUAUGAAGCUGAUGCAAGGUCAACCACAGUUGAAAUCUUGUUCAUUGAAAUGGUUAUGUUGGGGCCUCCUAGAGUUUGAAGACUUUGCGGUAAGAGAAUAUGUCGCAGAUGUUCUCUACAGAGUGUUUUUUUGUGAUGAUGCAAAAAUUGACAAAGUUGGAUUUGAGUUGGUGUUUCUUUUUUCUUUCUUUUGGGUUUAUUUUUAGGCCUCCGAAAGUGCUUAGCAAAGCCCUUGAUGCAUGGUUUUGGAUUUGUACAUUUUUAUUAUUUAUUUAUUGCUUAUUUACUUUAUAAUA